AUGAGGAAGUGAACUUUGUAGUAGGUGUUAGCAAAUGUUGUUAGCGUAUAAGUUUUGUAUGUAUUUAUUUUUUUACCGUGGAGGCACCUCGUGUAAUAAUACAGACUUAGAAAGUGGAACCAAAGAUACUGAACCAAAGAUGACUGAACCUUCACGUGCGAGCUCAAGUUUCACGACCUGGAUGGCACAGUUGGGUGCCAUUGCCUCAAUAAUCUGUGCGAUUGGAGGCGCAGCUCUCUUCGCCUCUGUUCACAAGAUUGAGGAGGGACACACUGGAGUUUACUACAGGGGAGGAGCUCUCCUGACCACCACCAGUAACCCUGGGUUCCACCUCAUGAUGCCUUUCAUCACUAACUUCAAGUCUGUGCAGACCACUCUACAAACAGAUGAAGUGAAGAAUGUACCAUGUGGCACAAGUGGGGGAGUGAUGAUUUACUUUGACCGGAUAGAAGUGGUGAACUACCUGGUACCCUCAGCAGUGUAUGAUAUAGUGAGGAACUUCACAGCGGAUUACGACAAGGCCCUGAUAUUCAACAAGGUUCACCAUGAGCUCAACCAGUUCUGCAGCGUCCACUCUCUACAGGAGGUCUACAUCGGCUUGUUCGACCAGAUAGAUGAAAACCUGAAGCUGACCCUACAGGAGGAUCUGACCUGCAUGGCUCCUGGACUCAUUAUACAGGCGGUCCGAGUCACGAAGCCCAACAUCCCUGAGAGCAUUCGGAGGAACUACGAGAUGAUGGAGGCUGAGAAGACAAAGCUUCUGAUUUCUGCUCAGACUCAGAAGGUGGUGGAGAAGGAGGCGGAGACAGAGCGGAAGAGGGCUGUGAUCGAGGCAGAGAAGUUGGCUCAAGUGGCUGAAAUCAAGUUUAGCCAGAAAGUCAUGGAGAAAGAAACAGAGAAAAGGAUCUCUGAAAUUGAAGACGGAGCAUUCUUGGCUAAGAUGAAGGCCAGGGCCGAUGCAGAGUUCUACACAGCAGAGAGAGCGGCCGAGGCCAAUAAGUUGAAGCUGACGCCAGAGUAUCUGCAGCUUAUGAAGUUCCAGGCCAUAGCAGCUAACAGUAAGAUCUACUUUGGGAGUAAGAUCCCCCAGAUGUUUGUUGACUCUGGCCCCUCCACUAAGGCCUCUGAUGCCAUGGACGUCCUAACUGAACAGAUCCUGGACCUAGACUGAUGGAGGGAUGGAAAGGAGAAGAGACCCAUCCCAGGACUGGAGCUGUGGAGCUAGGCCCAUGCCAGCCACAAGGUGGGGUGAAAGAUGAGCCUUGGGUACGUGUCCCAAAUGGAACCCUAUUCCCUAUAUAGUGCACUACUAUUUUUUGAAGUAUCUGGCCAGUGAAAAUCUUAGUUUAAAAAUUGAUAUUCUGUUAACUCAUACCAAAAUGUUUUUGACUUGUCUUAUUCAUAUUUGUGGCCAAAGACCUUUACAUUUUUAGGGAAAAAACACUUCAAAAACCCCACCUCAAACAGUCCGUUAAAAAAAAAAAUGUUAUGCUUGCUAUUUCCUCAUAAAACAUGUCACGUUGUCUGAGCUGGCCAAUGAGCGGUCUACUAGCAUGAAUAUUUUUAAUGACCAGUAUACGGCCACACCAUUCUGUUGUUGGGUUACGCCCAUAACAUUCAAACACAGGAAAGCUGCUUUUUAACAUACUUAAUUGCCAGUUUUUUUGGAAGGAAAACUAUUUCACUCAUAUGUUAUUAAUUAUAGGUCAUAUUUCAUAGAAGUCUGGUACACAGAUACUUUAAAGAGGCAAUCAGCAAUUGCUACGUUCACGCUUGUUUUACUCCAGUGUUUGUUCACAAAGUAAAUGUAAACAAACACUAUAUAGCCUCAACAUGACCCAUAGCUGUUUAUUAAUUUUAGUGGUUACAUUCUUCCAGCCCCAUCCCUCAUCUUUUUACCAAACAUUUAAAAAUAUAUAUACGGUACUGCUGAUUGCCUUUUGAAAGCGCAACUGAAGGCAAACAACUUCUCUGAUAGAAAAUGGCAUGUGUGGCAUCUAUAUUAGUCAAACAUUUAUUCUAGUGUCAAAAUUUACUACAAAGUGUAAAUAGGAUAAUUUUGUACAUAAAGUCAGUCUUGUCCAAAACUGAGUUUUGUAAGUGAGUUCUUCAUGACUUACUUGAGGGUUGGGUUUUGAUUUCAACAAUGCUCACUUGCCCACUAACACAGGGUUACACAGCUGUGGUGAUUGCCUCUAUCCAAUCCUACUGCAGAACACACAGACAGUGAGACAUACCUGCCCAUUAGCAGGUAACCCGGGACCGGUUUAAAAAAUGAAUGGAAGUAUGGAGGUGGUUUUGUGCCUACAAAAAAAGGGGUUAAAUAUGUGUCCAAAAAAACUAAAUAUUUCCUGAACUUUCUUAUAUCUCCUAGAUAUAGGACAGACACUUCAAAACCUUAUUCCUUAUGAUUUCCUGUCUUUUUUCCCAUUUAUGAAUGUGUUAUUCAGUGCAUUUCUAAAGCCCAAAUUAAAUUUUUAAUCACAUUUUUGUAUAGAUUUUUUUGAUACCUGCAUGGGCCUAAAAUUCCAAAUCAAAUAGCUAACUGAUCCAUGGUUUGACCAAUUCCAUGUCAGCUUAGUAGAACCCCUACCCAUAAGUGCACUACUACCCAUAAGGCUCUGGUCAAAAAUAGUACACUAUAUAGGGAAUAGGGUGCCUUUUGGGAUGCUACCCUGGACCGGAGGUUUUACUAGCCCUACAACAGACUAUUCUAAGACUGUAGGCGAAACAAUGAUAUAUUGAAUGUAACAGUGUGGUUUGGGAUAUUUUAAACAUGAAUUGAACUUUUGCAAGUGUAUGAUGUAUGUUUUGUAACUUGAUUUAAUUGGUAGUGCUUUCAUGUAUUUUCUAUGUGUUGCAUAGCUCAUAAUACUGUAAGUGUAUGAGAUAUAUGUGCAGAGAUAUAGUUGUGUAUGAUUAACUACAUUAUUAAUGAUUCAUUUACUUAAUCAUACACAAUACAUUGUUUGGAAUACCUAGUUUCUUCAUACAGAUCCCUCUCCCAUAUGAAUUGGCUGACUGUCUAUCUUAUCUCACCAGGAUCUUAUCAUAAUAGCAGAUGUAACAGAUCUUGACUAGCCCACUGAAUGAACAUUACUUGACCUCUGUUUCAGAGAGUGAGCAUUGAUAUUCAAUUGUUUUUUGACUCAAGAAAAGUCCAGGUUGACUUGUUUUUCUCUCAAUUAUCUAGAGUUAUGCUGGACAAAAGGCCAUUGUUAUAUUCAUGUCUGCUCUUGAGAGAGUGUCCUAGACACAACAGAGAGUAUCUGUUAGACUUGAGAUAUUGAGAAACAAGCUUCUCCUUGAGUGUGAACAUUGUCCCAUGCUGGAACAGAGAGAACAAUGGCUUCUCUGUCAGUAGUAGUCAUAGUAUGAGGGAUACAGAUGAACACAUUGACAAACCACCCUCCACUCAAAGCACUUUCUACUGGUGGUGUUUGACGGUUGGUCUCAUGCUUUGCCACUCAUUUUAAACCAUCCCAUUUUAUUUUCUGGUAUUGACUACAAAUGUUGUAGGAAUGGCACUGAACUACACAGAUGGAAACCUUUUCUGAAACUGAGGCAGACUUUGGGCUGAAACUCUCCUGGUUUUGCUUGGGAAGGGAAGGGGGGUGACAUUAAAAAAAGGGUUUGGGACUCAAUAUAAAAGUAUAAAUUAUCUUCCGCAUCAAAUCUUCCUGGGAAUUUUGGAUCUGUGACAUUAUCUAAUUGUACAUUAUACAAAAAGUUCUACAUACAAUACAAGCCUCACACUCAUUGAUGAACCAUCUUAACUCUGCUAUUGCCUAUCCCCAUGAUUUGGUGAAGGGGUGAUACCAACCAAAUCCAAUUUGAUUGGUAACACACACAUAUUUAGCAGAUGUUAUUGCGGGUGUAGUGAAAUGCUUGUGUUCCUAGCUCCAACAGUGCAGUAGUAUCUUAACAAUUCACAACAAUACA